AUGGCAUCGCAGCUCAAGCAGGUGCCCACGAUCGUGGAAUGGUACGACUACUACUUCGCGUCACGAAAAGAUCCUCGAACGGAGGGGUGGGGAGGCAUCGAGGAUGCCCGGAUCGUGUUUCCGCUCUUGGUCGGUUACGUUUACUUCGUGAAGGUCGCCGGACCCCGCUGGAUGCGAGACCGCAAGCCGUUUGACCUCAAGUGGGCAGUGCUGGCGUACAACGCGCUAACCGUUCUGGCGAACGCCUACUUCGCCGUGAAACUCAUGGGACUGACCUACGCGAGCGGCCACUACAGCCUCUUCUGCCAGGGGAUCAACUACCAGACACCCACCGAGAGGGACAUGGCCAUCCUGAGGCUCGGCUGGUGGUACAGCUUCGUGAGGAUCGGUGACUUCAUGGACACGGUGUUCUUCGUGCUGCGCAAGAAGAACUCGCAGAUCACACACCUGCACGUGAUACACCACUUUUUGGUCGUGUUGAGCGCGUGGUUUUACAUGAACUUCGGCGGCGACGGGCACACGGCGCUGGGCGGGUGCGUGAACGCCUUAAUCCACGUCAUCAUGUACUCCUACUACUUCCUCGCGGCCCUGGGUCCUUCGAUGCAGAAGUACCUGUGGUGGAAGCGUUACCUGACCAAGUUGCAGAUCGCCCAGUUCGUCGGCCUCAUGCUGCACAUGACGAUCACGCUCUUCUACGACUGCGGAUACCCGAGGCGACUCGCGCUGCUGGCGCUUUCGCAGGGUGUUCUGGGCCUGGUGCUGUUCAUCAACUUCUACGUGCAAAGCUACAUCAAGCCUAGAAAGUCAAAAGCGGAAAGCGAGAAGUCCGUGAAAAGGAGCUAA